AAGUGGGUGGAAAGUUGGAAUUUCGUAAAUAACGCAAGCGUUCGAAGUACAUUUUUGUUAAAAUUUCAAACAAAAUCUUAACUAUAACUUGCUUUUUUAUCUGUGUACAACAAGUGGAAGAUAUUUCGGUAGAAAGCAGAGCAUCGUUAAAGGUUACCAUUUUGGAAACGGCUGGUAUUUUUGCAAUUGCUUAAACUGAAAUUAGUACCCUAACAUCUUGGUGAUAAGUUCCGAUGGCUGCACGAGGCCAACAACAGCAACAACGGUCAAAUGGACCUCCCCAGGGGAAAAUAUGCCAGUUUAAACUUGUAUUACUUGGUGAAUCUGCUGUUGGUAAAUCAAGUUUAGUGUUACGAUUUGUGAAAGGCCAAUUCCAUGAAUUCCAAGAAAGUACAAUUGGAGCGGCAUUUCUAACCCAGACUGUGUGUCUUGAUGACACAACAGUAAAAUUUGAAAUAUGGGAUACUGCUGGCCAAGAAAGAUAUCACAGCCUUGCUCCCAUGUACUACAGGGGCGCACAAGCUGCAAUUGUUGUAUAUGAUAUAACCAACACGGACACAUUUUCUCGUGCUAAAACGUGGGUGAAAGAAUUGCAACGCCAGGCGAGCCCAAAUAUAGUCAUCGCCUUAGCUGGAAAUAAAGCUGAUCUUGCAAACAAGAGAGUUGUGGAAUAUGAGGACGCCCAGAGCUAUGCGGACGACAAUGGUCUACUUUUUAUGGAAACCUCUGCAAAAACAGCUAUGAAUGUUAACGAAAUAUUUCUGGCUAUCGCGAAAAAAUUACCAAAGACCGACCCGAAUGCGGGUCAAGCCGGGGGCCAAAAGAACCCUAAUAGAAGUGGAAACGUGGACCUUCAGGAGAGAAACCAGGGCGGAUCAGGAGGGGGGUGCUGUAGUAAAUAAUACAGACAUCGAGUAAUCAAUUUUUGGAACUAAAACGAAUCUCUGAAGGCACGCCCGUGCUCGCUACUUAUAAUAUACACAUGCACUGUAUUAGAUUUCAGAUCUUGUGAUGUCAUUUCUCUGGGUCUUAUGUCGUCAUAGUGUGCAAUGCGUGACGUCAUAGUAUACGAUUUAUGUUGCAAUUUUAACUUGAUAAAUGUAUUUAUGUCAUUUAUGUGUAUGAUGUCAUACCAUGUAUACUGUGACGUCAUUUUGUACGACGUAUGACGUCAUUUCAAAGAUGAUGAAACGAAUUCUUUGCUUUUUCUUGAUCAUGCUAAAAAACGAUGAUGGUAUUUUACGUAAUCUGUUACGUCAUAUUCCCAAUGACGUCACAUCUUAUUUCAUUUACUCAAAGUACUCGCUUAGCGUAGAAGGAACACGUUAGGUCUAUUUUAUAAUGUUUUCUAAGUUUGUCCUCGGUUUUAACCUGUGGUUCGAACCGUGGACACGUUUUGAUUUCUAUUUGUAACAAUUUAUGGAAUGUAACAAUUAUCGUAGUCCCAAUAGAUUAUUAUUAACUCUGUAGUGUUAGGAUUUUCCGAUAUAGAUUUAAGUGUGAAAUGUCGCGAAUAGAUUUCAAUGUUUAA